AGCCUGCAUUCCCGAGGCAGUCUUUCAGCCUUAGGGUUCCUGCUGUGAAGUGGGAUGAAGAAGAGUAAGGUGUGAUGCUUUUACUCCAAACUGCCUGAAGUAAAUUUACUAAACAGCUUGAUGGAAUCAUCUCAUUUCCUGGUCAAAGAAAUGGCUGAGUGGGCCAUGUGAACAACUUGUAGUGCAGGAGUUCACCUUCAGAAACAUGUACAUAGAACUGUUUGUUUCACACACCAUUGAAAAUUUGACCCUUUGCAAGGAAGACAAACAGGUUGAGCAGGUGCUUUUGCAUAGCAGCAGGUGGGAGGGCAUCGAAUCUCUCCAUGAGGGUAUUUCUGAGAAAGAGAGAACCUAGUGACAGAGGGCAGCUGAAAGGAUCAUUAGCAGAGUGGCACGCCAAAAGAGCACACAACCUGGGGUCCAGCUCAGAGAGCUUUCCAUGGGGAACGCAGGGAGCCGAGAUGACUUUGAAUGGCUCUACACAGAGCAGCCCCACAGCAACAGAAGGAAGGAGAUUCUGGCAAAAUAUCCAGAGAUAAAGAAAUUGAUGGGCCCUGAUCCGAACUUGAAGUGGGUGGUGACCCUCAUGGUCCUUAUACAGAUGAUAGCCUGCUACCUGGUGAAAGAGCUGCCUUGGAAGUGGGUCUUUUUCUGGGCCUAUGUCUUUGGGGGAUGCCUCAACCAUUCUAUGACCCUGGCCAUCCAUGACAUCUCCCACAAUGUGGCCUUUGGCAACAAAAUGGCCAAGUGGAACCGCUUCUUCAGUAUGUUUGCCAACCUGCCCAUUGGAGUUCCCUAUGCCACCUCCUUCAAGAAAUACCACAUUGACCACCACCGCUACCUGGCUGGGGAUGGGCUGGAUGUCGAUGUCCCCACUGAGUUUGAGGGUCGAUUCUUCAACUCCCCCCUGCGAAAGAUGAUCUGGCUCUUUUUGCAGCCAGUCUUUUACGUCUUGCGGCCGCUCCACGUCAAUCCCAAGCCUUUCUCCCAAAUGGAAUUCAUCAACGUUGCCAUCCAGCUGGCCUACGAUCUUCUCAUCUAUAGCUUCUGGGGACUCAAGCCUGUGCUCUACAUGGUCGCUGGGUCCAUCUUGGCCAUGGGCCUUCACCCCAUCUCAGGCCACUUUAUCGCAGAACACUACAUGUAUGCCAAAGGACAUGAUACCGUCUCCUACUAUGGGCCUUUGAACUGGAUCACCUUCAACGUGGGCUACCACAUGGAACAUCAUGAUUUCCCCAGCAUUCCUGGAAGUAAGCUACCACAGGUGAAGAAGAUUGCCUCUGAGUAUUACAACACCCUUCCUUACCACAACUCCUGGAUCCUUGUCCUUUGGGACUUUGUUUUCAAAAACGCGCUGGGCCCUUUUGCCCGUGUGAAGAGAAAAUACAAGGUGGCCAGCAUCAUAUGAAACAGGAAAGCAUUCUCCUCCUCCCAUCCAAAUGGCACACAGUCCACCCUAUCCUGGGGGGGAGGGCGGUUAGAGAAACAGAGAUGGGAUCUACUGAAGUUGUUCUCAAAACCCGAACUGGAUUAAGUUUUUUAGAAAAUAAAAAUGAGAAAUGUGGCAGACCCCAAGACACAAGAGGCACAGCUGAUGGCUUCUAAGGGACUAGAAGCAUGUUUUUGGUUUUUCAUUGACAUCACACUCUGUCAUGGAGUCAACACAGGUCUUGCAGAAUAAAAAUGGCUUAUGCUGUCCUACCUCUCAUAA